CCAAGGUCCGGAGAAGACACAUUUGUCUUAAAAGACAUCCCCCGGGAUAUCUUCGACAAUUUCAACGAAAAUAUCAGGCCACGAUUGCGCCAAAGUCCGCACAUACGACUGCCAUGUGACACCAUUCCUGGCCAGCGGAUCUUCGUGUAUAAAUACACGACGGAUGGAUUUUUAGGCCUUGUAAGGCGAGGCAUCUCAAUGCGAGCCCGGAAACAGAUUCUCAAAUCAACCAUGCUGGGCAUCGCUGAACUGCAUGAACAGCAAAUCGUCCAUCUCGAUAUCAAGCCGGAUAACAUCAUGGUUGACUGUCAAUAUGGGAACGAAGAGACGAUCAUCAUAUGUGCACAGCUUGCUGAUCUUGAAAACGCCGCAUAUCUCCCUGUAGGUAGGUGCAUCAAGGGCAUGCUUGCUGGUAACGACAACUGGCGCAGUCCAGAAGCGCACUUUAAGGGUGAACUCAACAAGCCAACAGACAUGUUCGCCUUUGGAACGCUUUGCAUAUAUGCGUUCCUGGGGCGUGUUAUCUUUGGCCCCGACGAAGAUUUCCGGAUACAUCAAGCGCAGGGUGUAUUGCCCGCUUUCAUACGCCUACAGCGCCAGGUUUCAUACUUUGGUGACCAGCAAGGGAUUAAUGGUCUAUCAAGGCAUAUCAGUGACGAUGAAGUCAGCUGCCACGUCUUGGAAAUGCUAUGGGAUGGGAGAACAGACGAACAAAUACCCUACAAGCCUUUUGUGGAGUGGCCAGACGUCAGCGAUGCGGCUUUCAGGGAGCUUAUAGAAAGACUCAUGAACUUGGAUCCGGCGAAACGACUGACUGCCCGAGAAGUAUUGGAGCACUCAUGGUUCGCAGAUGUCUGA